GUUGCUUUUUUUUUUACUGUGUUAAUUGAACCGGAUGUAAACAACCGGAGCUCAGCCACUACAAAAGCAGACACUCUGACAUACACCUGUGGAGACCAUGUCCAGUCGCGACGGGUCGAGUCGAGAACCAGCAGGACUGGACGGUCUGCCACCGCUGUACAGCAUCGCCAAGGGAGAGGUAGUUUCUGUGCAAACUUAUGGAGCCUUUGUCCGAUUGCCUGGUUACAGGAAGGAAGGUUUGGUCCAUGUGAGCGAGAUGUCCGCCUCCAGGGUCGAAAGCGCCUCUGAGAUCGUGGAUGUCGGGGAACAAGUGUGGAUCAAAGUGAUCGGACGAGAUAUUCAGGGAGACAAGGUGAAGCUGUCGUUCUCAAUGAAAGCUGUCAAUCAGGGGACGGGGCGGGACCUGGACCCUAACAACGUUCAGGCAGAGCAGGAUGCAAGGAGAAGAAGAAAUUUUAGAGAUCAAGGCAGCAACAGAAUCACUCUGGAAGCCGUUCUCAACACGACGUGUUCAAAGUGCGGCUGCAAAGGCCACUUUACAAAGGACUGCUUCUCGGCUCCGGGCUCGCAGUACGCUCUGGUUCCUGAAGAGGAUGAUGAAGAGUCACAGCAGACCUCCUCAGCAGCCCAGCCUCAGGAUGCUGACAAAAAGAAGAAAAAGAAGGAGAAGAAAAUGAAGAAGAAGAAGAAGAGGGAACGGAAGGAGUCGGGCAGCGAUAGCGGCAGCAGCGGGUGCAAAUCCAAGAAGCGACGCCGCAGCAGCAGCAGCGUGGAAAGGCACGACAAAAAGAAGAAGAAGCACAAAAAGGAGAAAUUACACAAACGCAGUUGAGGCAGGCGCAACACCAAGCACACACUGGAUUAAACGGCGAAACACAUCUUUGUUCAUUACUAUCCAUAAUAGCUCAGAGAAACUUUAAACUGGUUAGUUUCUUACAUUUAUUGAGCAAAUAAGAAAAUAAUUUCUGGUGAAAAUCUUGUAAAAUAAACCAAAAGAAAAGGUCAUGUGACCUGCUGCGCUUGUCCUAUAGUACCCCCCCUGACUUCCUGACAGUGACAGGACGCAACACUUCCUUUGUAAUCAAAUAUAUGCGAGUUAUAUGGCAGCAGGACCCCUUUUGAAUGCACACACAGCUCGGCGCUAUCAGGUUUCUGUGAAGCAGACAGCAGGUGGUAAAACGCCUGAACCACACACACACACACAAUGUGCAUUUAUGUCUUUUAUGUGCAUGUUUCUGUGUGUCUGACCCCAGCUCAUUGUUCUGAAUGUUAACGUCUAACUUCAUUAAAGCUGGUUUUAUCAGUAAAGCUAACAGAACA